GAGACAGUCGGAAUCUGGCAACCUUGUAUCAACGAAUAUCCUGUCUGACCACGUACUCAGGUUAAUCGUGUAUGAUAGGAGAUAGGGUGUGAGCCAGUGUUCCAACUUAUUUAUUCCAAUUUUUUCCAAUAAUUUCGAUUAAAAAUGGCCCUAAUGCCGCGGGAGUCUGGCAAAUUGAUAGCCAAUCUCGCGAAAAAUGUAUUUAUCGAAGAGGAAGGCAUCAACAAUCUUGCCCAAGAGGUUCUUGAGGGACUCAAAACCGGUGCAGUUUCAAUCGAAAAGUUUUCGCAAUGCGAAAUGCACCCGAACUCUGGGCAUCCCAAGGCCAUCGACUGGAUAUUCGUAUUGGAUACACUGAAUUUUUCAUUUUGGAGCAGUAAUCCCGAUGAUAAGUGGAAAGUCAAUGGGCAGACUGGGUACUUUGCCCUCUGUGCAGCGAUUAAACGUGCAAUUGACGUAGAUGGCAGUAGUAACCGAUCUAAAAAGUUGUCGCUGAAGAAUGCGAGAGGAUUGCCGGGGUAAAGAAACUGGUCUGCCCAGGAGGAGGAUCGUCAUGUUUCAUCAGGAUUUAUUAUACAUCGUAAACUUUACGGUCAGCAUCAAAAGCAUCUCCAACGCUCCCCCAUUUUUCGCUUUCCAGUCACGUUAAAGCUUACCCACCCACAUUUCUAUGAUUACAACGAAAUCACCUUACGUAUUAUGAUCAUCAUCGAAACAAUAAAAAUGCAACAUGAAAUUGGAGAAACAGCAAGUGUUGAAUUACCGAAAA